AUGCUUGCCGCCGUUCUGCUGCUUGCUCUACCGUUCUGCACUGCCAAGUUGGCAUCCAGUUAUGCAGGAUCAACCCUUGUUGAUUCUUAUCCUCCCCCCGGUGCCACCAACGCCCCUGCUGUUAACGCUUACUACUUCCCGGAUGGAUCUCAAGUCGGUUAUGCAGGUCCAACACCUACUGGUGCUGAACCUGCGGCCAUUGUCACUGCCAUUCCGUUCUCUAAGGUCGAAAACGCAUAUCCCUUGUCAAGGCCCAAUUCCGCAGACGGCGCAAAUCCCAAUUUCAAUGUGAUGCGUCAAUGGGGAAACUUGGCUCCUAUGUACUCCGUGGAGUCCUUUGGCCUUCCUGAUGCAUCCCCCAUCAUCCCAGAAGGGUGUGGCCUCAACGCAGUCCAUCUCUUAAUGCGCCAUGGCGCUCGCUAUCCAACCUCUGACUCCGGAUCUUCUCACUUUGCCUCUAAAAUUCAUGCUGCUGCAUCGAAAGAAGGCUUCAAUGUCACUGGCGAUCUGAAAUUCUUGGCAACCUGGAAAUAUAAGUUGGGCGCAGAGAUCUUGACGCCCUUCGGCCGCGACUCGCUCUUUAGCAAUGGGGUUGCCUUCCGCUACAGAUACGGCAAUUUGCUUAAUGCCUUCACGGACCUCCCAGUAUUCCGUACCACUUCCGAAGAUCGCAUGUUGGAUUCUGCCCUGAACUUUGCUGCAGGCUUUUUUGGUAUCAGAACUUACGAGACCGACUAUCACCAGGAGAUCAUCAUCGAGGAAAAUAACUUCAACAACACCCUCGCUCCUUAUGAUGUAUGCCCCAAUGUCAAUACGGAGGAUGUCGGCAACUUCGGUGGCAUUCAGUCUAAGAAAUGGGCGGAUAUCUAUCUCAAACAUGCUCGGAAGCGCUUGCAACCAAUGAUUCAAGGAUUUAAUUUGACCACCUCACGAUUGGUUGAUAUGCAAGAACUCUGUGCUUAUGAGGUAAUCGCAUCAUUUACACGGUCUUCAUGGAUUUCUGACAUACGGCAGACGGUGGCCCUCGGAUAUUCCAAGUUUUGUGGCCUUUUCACUGAGAAAGAGUGGGAAGGGUACGAGUAUUACGUCGAUCUUAAUUUCUGGUACAGCAGUGGACCAGGUAAUCCAACAGCAGCAGCGCAGGGCCUUGGCUAUGUUCAAGAACUAGUGUCGCGCCUCACUCACACUCCCAUCAAUGUCUGGAACAGUAGCACCAACGGCACUCUCAACUCAAACAACAUCACAUUCCCUCUUAAUCAACCUAUAUAUGUGGACGCUACCCAUGACACUGUCAUUUCCAGUAUCGUCACCACUCUGAACUUUACCAGUCUAGCUGCAACUGGUCCUCUUCCAACCGAUCAUAUACCCCCUCACCGUUCACAUCAGUCAUACAUUGCCAGCCAGAUUGCAUCCUUUUCGAGCCAGCUUGUAGCGCAGGUACUCAGUUGCCCAGCCUCAGAAGAGCCAACUCAUAUCCGGUUCCUUCUGAACGAUGGUGUGGUGCCACUGACGGGCAUUUGUGGUUGCACGGAAGAUCCGAACGGUCUCUGCGCACUGCCUAGUUUCAUCAGUGCGAUGCAUGAACGAAUUGGGCAGAUCGACUAUGCGCACGAUUGCUUCGUCAACUAUACCAUGCCCGAUCCCGACAACAUCAUCGAUGGAAGAUACCCUAGUUGA